UCUUUCUCUCUCUGUUUUUUCUUUGUUAUUGAGUUAGCUUCUCUCUUACCUCAGUGAUCACAUUCUUUCUUUCAUCUUUUGCAUCUCUCUUUCUCUCACACACCUUCCAAAUUUCCCCUCUUUCUCUUCACUAUCGUCACAACUCACAGCCACGUCACCAUAAGAAUGGUGGAUCAUCAAACCGUUUGCUGCAUGUGCGGUGACGUUGGUUUCCUUGACAAGCUUUUCCGCUGCAACAAAUGUAACCACCGCUUUCAACACUCGUAUUGUAGCAACUACUAUGGAGAAUUACAGGAGAUACAACUGUGCGAUUGGUGCCAAAGUGAAGAGAAGAAUCCAAGACAUAUUGGCUCCAACUCAAAGAAACCGAUGACCGGUAACGAGAUCGUCGCAAAUCGUUCGGAUUAUUCUGCUGAAAAAAUUGUGAAGCAACAUGAUCGGGAAGAUAGUGGCGGCUCAGAGAAAGGGAAGAGUCCCUCUCCGUCGCCUAGAACCGCCACACGUAGGUACAAGCUUCUUAAGGAUGUAAUGUGUUAGAUAUAGGGAAAUCGUGAAGAAGAAGAUGAAGAUGAUGAUGAUGAAAAAUAGGUGACUUUUGUGUUAAGAAGAAGAUGUAUUUUGUGUUUAUAGCGUGUAGUGGGUUUGCAACAAAGAGUGUGUUUCUUUUGAGUGUUCUUCUCAACUUCUUUUGUUUUGAGUGGCUUUUCAGCAAGUUGUGAAUAAUAAAAUUAUGUAACUUUAAUAUCUAGUAGUCCCUCAAUCUAUGUCAUAAGUUUCAAGCUCUUAUCUCCA